GAGAGAGAGAUUGAGGGAGAAAGGAGGAAACCAGAGAGAGAAGCUGAGUGAGGAGGAACCAGAGAGAGAGAUCCAACCCACCACCAUGCCUGCUCUCUCCCCUCCACUCCCCCACCCAGACCCAUACCCAGACCCAGACCCAGACCCAUGCCAAAGACCACUCCCACAAGCCCGAAAGGCUCGAUCCAAAACCCGAAAGCCGAAAUUCCUGAGCCUGGACCGAACCCACUCGCCAAACCCACCGGACUCACCACUGCAUCUCUUCCCUCUCCACCCUGAAAUCAACCAAGAUGAACCCACCUCCUCUUCUCCCAAUUUAGAAGACAACGUGGCUUGGCUCUUAGAACCAGAGCCCUCUUUUUCCAGCGAGGAAACGGCGAUGAGCAGCUUAUUCUCUGGCGAAAUUUCAGGCGGAGACUGCCCAAACCAGGAAACCUUCGAUUUUACAGAGACCAUGGGGGGUAAGGAUUUGGAGGCCACAGCUUUGAGGAAGAGGAGUGAGGAGAGAGAAGAGAAAUGGGUUUUUUGUAAACCAUGGGGAGAUGAAGAGGUGAAUCAGGGACUUUGUUUGAAGCUUGAUUAUGAGGAGAUUUUGAAUGCUUGGUCUGAUAAGGGGUCUCUGUAUAUAGAGGGGGAGGGGCCUCAAACUGUGCCUCAAGAACAGCCAAAUGUGAGUAUUAUUAUGGUAAUGACUUGUAUAAUGAGAUUUGUUCAUUACUUUAUUGAAAUUCAGCUGGGGUUCUUGGUUUGGGAUAUUAAAUUGGGAGUAAUCUUUCUCUAAAUUAGAGUGUGAGGAUUUCAUCAUCAAUAUUAUCUUCAAAUUUUUUUCUCACUUAAUUGAGAUAGGCUAUCUGAAUUGUGGUGAUGUGCCAUUCUUCCCAUUUUUUAAAUUAAUUAGAGCCGGCUACGCCAAUUUUCUAAUUAGUCAGUCUGCUGUAAUGAUUUUUUUUUCAUAAUAAUUUCAAUUAACAAAUUGAAUUGAGUUCGGGUAUAUUCUCUAAGUCUCUUCUAUCUAAAAACAAGAAAUGGGGCACCAGGCUUGAAAAAGGUGGUCUCAUUCUAUUGAGAAUAUUGAAGUGGGAUAUCCUCUCUCUCUACAUCUCUCUACAUAUGUACCUAAAAAAAAUAAGUAUUGAUUUCGGUUUCAAGUUUGAAAUGGGAUGAUUUCACUUUUGAUAAAAAAAUUUAAUUUGGGGCAUAAGAUCUGUUUUCAAAAUUGGUACUUUCUCAAUCUAAAAAUGUUAUAGUUAAGGAUAAAAAUAGAUUAUUGUAUAGUUUUCGAUAGAAAAAUGUUAUAGUUAAGGAUAAAAAUAGAUUAUUGUAUAGUUUUCGAUACUAAAUUACAUCUCAUGACAAAGUUUAGAGGGUUGCAACCUUAUGCACACCACACCCUUUUGAAUAACUAAUUUAAUUUAUUCCAAGUGACUUGUUGAAUAUUAUAUAUAGCUAAAAAACUAAAAAUUGCUGGACAUUGCCAAAAAAUAAUAAUAAUUGAACAAAGCUAUAUAUAAAAUACAAAUUAUGUCCUAAUUAGCUAAGAAAAUAAUAUCAUGCCUAUUAUAUUAACUUCAUGUAGUUUAUUGAUUACAUAUAAGAUAAUUUAUCUCUUAUUAGAUUAAUUCUUAUUCAAACACGCCACGAUUAGGCUGUACUCUCUCUCUCUCUCUCUCUCUGUUAAAUGAAGGUGUCAACUGUGAAGUACUGCUUUUUAAAACCCUUCACAAGGCCCUACUGUUUAUUUGGCGCAGAGAGAGAGAUAGAGAGAAUUGAUUAAUUUUAGAGAGAGAGAGAGAGAGAGAAUUGAUUGUAU